GAUCACAUGACCUCCUUGUGUAUUGAACUACCUUGUUUGUCGAGUAGACAUUUUUGUUUAUCAUUGUUGGCUUCAUGAAUACAAUCUGUUGGGCAAGAUGGCGACUGCAGAACCCUUAUGUGAUGUCUGCCAACUCCAGAAUAUCUCUAAACCAGCAGCAUCGUGGUGUUCCGAAUGUGAAGAAGCUAUUUGUAUCGAAUGUGAUGAUCUUCACACCCGUAGGAAACUAACAAAGAAUCAUAAAACAAUAUCAAUUAGAGACUAUUUAAAUCUUCCGCGAUCUGCACUGGAAAUCAAACACCACUGCAGUGUACACGAAGAGAAAUAUGAAUUUUAUUGUACCAACCAUGUGUUGCCAUGUUGUGUAAAAUGUGUGAAAGAAGAUCACAAAAAAUGUGAGAUCGAUUCGCUUCGAGAUGUUGUACAAAAUAUCAAAACAUCGUCAUCUGUAACGAAUAUCGAGCACAAUUUAUCUGAAAUUCAAAGCAUUUUUCAAAAGAUAAGGGACGAAAAAAGAAGAAACGUAAAACAUAUUGACGAGAAAACUACAACUUACCAGAAAGAAAUAGCAGAUUUCAGGAAACAGAUCAGCUGUCAUCUGGACGCUCUGGAAUCAGAAAUGAACAAGAACUUGAAAGACAAGCAGAACGAGGUCAAGACAACAAUUCAAAGUUUCAUUUCUGAAAUAGAUAGUAAAAUAAAACUCGUUGAAAUAGCCAUUAACAACAUUAAUCAGAUGAAAAGUCAUGCUACAGAUUUGCAAGUAUUUUUGGCUCUACGUGAAAUCGAAAAGGAUGUGGAGAAAGAACUUUCUUAUAUCAAAGAUAUAAAAAGUAAACCUGAAAUGAAAACAGUUGAUGUACAAUGUAAAGUAUCAGAUGGUCUCAAAUCGUUUCAGAAGGACAUCAACAGUUGGGGUAAAAUUUCCAUCAAAACAUCUGACAGUUCAGUUUGCACAGAUCUAGAAGUAACCACAGAAAAGCAGGCGCAAAUAAUAUUACCCAGCAAAAGACGAGAAUAUGUUACAGACAUACACUCAAUUACAUUAAAGAAAAAUACUUCGUUUAAAGUUCAAAGUGAGAAAAUCAGAUUGACCGGGUGUGAGAUUUUACCUGGUGGGGAAAUACUGUUGGUAAAUCAGACAGACAAAACAAUUCUAAUGUACAACAAGAGCGGGAGUCGUAUUAAGGAAUUUAAACAGCAAUGGAAACCUUUCGACAUUACCUAUAUAGAUAAAGAUAUGAUAGCAAUUUCUUUUGUCCAUGAAAAGAAAGUUUGUACGUUGAAUACUAAAUACGAGCAAUUAGACACAAUAUUCAAAUCUCCAGUUGAUGUAUGUGGAAUGGCGUAUAAAGACGGCAAACUAUAUGUACGUUGCGCAGCUAAAGGUAUCAGAAUAAUGACAAUAUCAGGAACAUUGAUAUCAGACUUUACAUUCAAUAGCACUUCAACACCUCGACUGUGCGUAGGAAGCUCUGGCCAGAUAUAUUAUCCGAUAUGGAAAGAGAAACGUGUAGUAUGUUGUGAUGGACAAGGCAACACUCAGUGGACAGUUACAAACGAUUUACUAACGGAAGUGUAUGGUAUCACGUGUGGAUUAAACGAUGUAGUAUUUGCUGCUGAUAAUACUGGUGGUAUCACCGUGAUAUCAUCAGAUGGACAUCAGAUUAAACGUAUUCUAGACAAAAGUAGAGGACUGAAUUAUCCAUUUUGCAUUCAUUUUAAUGUUAAAAGGAAUCAAUUGUUAGUUUGUAAUGAACUUGAUUGUCAGGUAUUUGUUUUCGAUGUUCAGUAA